GCAAAGAAUAACUUGCUGUUUAUUGUUUGAAAAAAAAAAAACUAUCUUUCAGGCUUUUUUUGGGGAAUGAUGUUUUAUUUCCCCCCAUUUUUUCCCGUCUCUUUCAGGCUUCUUGUGAAUAAGAGUUGGCGGUACUUUAUUUCCAAUGUCUUGCGGAGUUUUGAGAUGUAGACACGCAUAGCCCGGGCCAGAGGCGAGUGUGAUGGACAUCGAGCAUGAGCGAGGAAUAAAAAAGAAAAAUCAGUUUGUAAUGUCAGGGACGCCGCCUGCAGCAGCAGGCGGCGGUGGCGGGGCUGCUGCCGUAGCCGCUGCCGCCGCCGACCACUUCUGCCUCCGCUGGAACAACUACCAGACCAACAUGACGGCGGUGUUCGACCAGCUACUGCAGGAGGAGGUGUUCGUUGACGUGACGUUAUCGUGCGAGGGCGGGCAGCAGCUGCGCGCCCACAAGGUGGUGCUGGCCGCGUGCUCGCCGUACUUCCAGGCGGUGCUGCAGAACAACCCCUGCAAACACCCGAUUGUCAUCCUGCCGCGCGACGUGGCCUUCGCCGACCUGCGGGCCAUCAUCGAGUUCGUGUACCGCGGCGAGAUCGACGUGGCGCAGGAGCAAAUCAACUCCCUGCUGGCGGCCGCCGACACGCUGAAGAUCAAGGGCCUGUGUGAGGUCGGCGACGACCCCACGCACGUGCCCCCGGGCUUCACCGCUACUCCUUCGUCGGCGUCUCGCCACGCCGCCAGCGCCUCCUCCUCGGGCGGGCUCAACGCCUCGUCUUCGGGGGGCAGCCACACACCCAGGGGGCGGGGGAGCUAUACCCGUGGCCGCUACAACACAUCAUACCGCCCCCGCGGGCGCCCGCCGCUCUACGGCAGACAUCGCUACGAGCGACCUUCCCCCAAUGCACCGCGCUCCAACGACCAUCAUGAUCACCCGAAUUCCAGUAAAAGGAUCAAACUGGAGAGCACAGAGGAGGACGGCCACGGAAACGCAGGCGGCGGCGGCGGCGAGGAAGGGGACGGGUCCGUGCAGCAGCGUCCGUCCCACCACCCGCACUACGUCCACAACGGCGGUGCGCCCGCCCUUCCUGCCAGCCACGGGCCGCCCGCCGCCCACGCCCACCACGGCCCUCCUCCACAGGCAGUUCACAACCCCCAGGCUCACCCCCCAGCAGCGCACGCCCCGCCCCCCCUGCCCGAGCUGGGCCCCUCCGUCGGCCUGCCACAACCAGGUAAUAGCUGCUCUACACGUCGCGCACGCCCCUACACACACGCCCUUUACGCCCACGCCAGAGUAGUAGUGUUGUACUAG